AUGCCACCGAGCUGCCAACCGAACCUGCUGACGGCUACGGCCACUGAGCUUCGACGCCUUCUGGACGCGGGCGACUGCACGAGCGUCGACCUCGUCAAUCUGUACUUCCAGCAGAUCGCUGCUCACGACCGCGACGGCAUGAAGCUCCACGCCAUGAUUGCUACUGCCCCCAAGCACAUGGUUCUUGCUGAGGCCAGGGCCUUGGACCAGGAGGGGAGAGAGCUGGGUCCGAGCACGAGGCUCCAUGGAAUCCCCAUUAUCCUCAAGGACUUGAUCUGUUCUCCCUCCUUUGGCACUGAGGCAGAUGGUUUGAUAGUGCAGCCGGCAAUACGCGCAGCGCUCUACGGCAUGAAAGGUACGGUUGGCGCCGUCAACAUGUUCGGCACCCAGUCUGGAGGUGCUGCUUGGGACAGCGCCGGCCCGAUGGCAAAGUCAGUUGAGGACUGUGCCGACGUCAGGGAAGUUCUCCUUCCCGGAAGGGACUUCCACUCCUGUCUCGGCCGCUCGUGGAAGGGCAUCCGAAUUGCGCUUCUGAACUACGAACAGUGGCAGUUCGAUGACGAGGAGUGCAUAAAAACCCCGGUUUUUGACCAGGAGCAUAAACGGGAUAUCAGCCACGCCAUGAAGGCAAUCGAAAGUCUUUGA